AGUCACGGUAAACAGUCAUCUGCGCCAUAAUUGCAGCCCAGAACGCGCCGGACGGGAACACGCUUGUAUCAUACCCUACUCGACCGCUGGCCACCAGCACCGUCGCGACCCACAACCGAACCUCCGUGAACGUGUCCUUGCCUCGAGGACGAGAUGCCACCUGCAAGUCGUCGUGGUGGCGUAACCGCGAAGUUCUACCAGGAGGAUAUUGUCAGGCGAAAGGACGACCCCGGCUUGUAUGGUAUCGUGCUGCGAUGUUGGCACGAUGCUGAAGACCUCCCACCACCCGCAGAGAAUGCUGACCCCCUGAUGAGACCACUGCAGCCGGGCGAGGUCGGCGUCUCCUACUUCCCUCGUCCUUCGCGUGAGAUCCUGGCCGAAUCCCAACUCGAACUCGUCGACCGAAAUUACCAGCCUGGCGAUCUGCUCAAAUGUAGCAUAGACGAUGUGGCCUCGGGAGUUGUCACAGGGAUCGAAGUGAAGGGUCGCCUCGAGCACGCUAUCAGUGGAGAGCCACUGCAAGAAUGGAAGAUCACAAGUGAAGUGCAGACCGCCAUCGACGUAGACAUGGGUGAUUACGUCGUGUACGAUGACUGGAUCGGCCAGGUCGUUGAGAUGUUUGACGAGGCCGUGAUAGAUAUGGGAAAUGGGAACCUUGUCCGCGUUCCAGAGUUGAGUGCCCGGCUUGCCGUGGGGGAGAAGGGACAAGAUGUCCUACCACAACCUAUGUCUGGUGUGCAAAGCCUCUUCGGGUUCCUAUUGGGCAAUGUACGUCCCAGCAACCAAGAUACAGUCGUCGCCGUCAAGCGUACAGUACUCGCCAUCGCAUGGUUAGCUAUCAACCAAUCCCUAGAUCCAAAGGAAGCGCAGACCCGUCUGCGUCCGGCACGCUUUUGGUCUGGUCCGUUACUGAGCGACCUAACCCUCGUGCGCCGGAGAGCAGAGCAAGCCAUCCGUGUAGGAGACCGUGUCGUCCUGAGGGACUCCACAGGAGUUCCAAUGACCAAGCACGGUAAAGAGGACGACCCCAGUCAUUUGUUGGAAGUGCGGACGUUCAUUGUCAAGGAGACGCAAACGCUCGUGAAUGUACUUUGGCAAGAUGGUACCCGAGAAACACUGGAUGCCAAGCAGACUAUCCCAUACCUGAACCCCGACGAGUACGACUGCUGGCCGGGAGACCAUGUCAUUUGGAAGACCGAAGACCAAAGGCGAGCAGCAAUCGUCCAGAGCGUCAACGCCGUCGACAGGAUCGCACAGGUCCGGUGCGAAGACAACAAACAAGUCGAGCUCGCCUCCCUGCUCGAGCUCGAUCCGCACGGGACGUCCGACUGGUCCGCCGUUGCGCCCACAGACGGGCUGGGCGUCCACCGCGGCGACUUCGUCUUCAUCCACAAGCCGGGCGCGACGAACGGCGCGGAGCCGCCAAUGGUCCCCCGGAUAGGCGAGGUGGAGGAGUGGGUCCGCGAGCCGCCUGUAGUCUCGGGAACCGGCCAUCUCGGUGGCUGGAGGAGGGAGAUGGCAGAUAUUGGGAACAAGAUAGCAGAGAGGCGCGGGAGGGACCCAACUAUUGAGGAGGGCGAGCUGCAACGCCCGCACAAGGGAGACACGCAUCUCGAUUGGUUUGGCGAGGUUGUGGACCUGCAUCUGGACGGAGCAGUCGAGGUUGUCCUCCCAAGUGGCAGCACACAGGUCCUCCCGCUGCAGCGAUUGACCAAGCUCGCGGACGGUCUCGAACAGAUCGAAGAGCUCUGGGGCGACGAUAUCUCAGAAGGCGAGGAGGGGAGCGACAUCGACGUCGAGGAGGACGUCGAGGUCUGGGAGAUGGACGGAGAAGGGCAGUGGGUCGGGAUGGAUGAUGAGGAAGACACCGGAGAUUGGUCGACAGACGAGGGCGAGGAAGACAACAACAUGGACGUCGACGACGAAGAAGGGUGGUCAUCGUCAGAUCCCACUGUACAUCACGGGCAAGACCAUGAGGUACCCCUCGCAGUGUCGUCCGACGUCGCGUCCGUUUCGCCACUCGAGAAAGUGGACGGCACCUCUAGAUCUACGAGGCCAAAAACUCCCGAUGUCCCACAAGACGCAACGGAGACGGAUGACGCGGAGACAGCUGAGCCGGACUCACAUUGGAAACGAUUCGAGGUCCUAUCAUCUGCGCCUGCUGACCAUGCCUUCUACACGUCGCCUCCGGCCCAGACCUCGCGAGGGUUCAUGGCCCGUCUAUCGCGAGAAUACCGUGCUCUGCAGAGCAGUCUUCCAGAGUCGAUUCUCGUCCGAGCGUAUGAGGACCGGACAGACCUCCUGCGAUGCCUGAUCAUUGGGCCGGAGAACACACCAUACCAGGAUGCGCCCUUCGUGAUCGACUGGAUGCUUGAUUCGAACUUCCCGCAAUCUCCGCCUAUCGCGCACUUCUGGAGCUGGACGAACGGGAAUGGCAGAGUGAACCCUAAUCUCUACGAAGAGGGUAAGGUCUGCCUGUCCAUUCUCGGUACAUGGGCCGGCGACAAGAGCGAAACGUGGAGCGCUGCAAGAUCGUCUCUCCUGCAAGCCUUCGUCUCAAUACAAGGGCUAGUGCUCGUGAAAGAGCCGUGGUUUUGUGAGCCUGCCUAUGAGAAGCUCAGGGGAACAGAAGAGGGGAUUGUGAACAGUCGACUGUACAGCGAAAAGGCCUACGUGCUCUCACGCGGUUUCGUGCGUCGGGCACUCGAAAUGCCAUUGGGGGGUCUAGAGAAGGAGAUCCACUGGUUCUACUACACGAAGGCCAAGCUGGCGAAAGUGCUCAAUGACGCCCGUGCAUUGAUUGAGAAGAGCAAGACCUCGAAAGAGGAGACGGAGGCCGACCGGGAACUCGCCGUCCCGAGGUUGACCGGAGGAGGCAUCAUCGCAUUGGAACGGACACUAGCCAAGCUUCAGGCACUUCUGGACGCCCCUCCCAAGGUGCCUGCCGCGCAGAGCUGAACGACCUCUCUGCCGCACGGUUCUAGGUCUGGGGUCUCGGGAAUGUUUCGUCGCAUGAUAUUUGUUUAGCACACUGCUGUUGUUUUCGUAGUCCAACUUAUCAUAGAGCAACCUCAAUAUCCCAUCGU